AAUAAACAUUUUUUCAUAAUACCUUAUAAAAUAUGUGUGAAUGUUAGCAAAGUCAUUGUUCUUGGAACCAUUAUGGGAAUUUACAAGGAUGAAGGGUGGUUCUAUGAUGGCUGUAACAGGUGUAACAAAAAGAUAAACAAAGAACCUAUUUUCAUUGAUGAAGCGAAAGAAAAGGGUUCAGGAGCAGAAAAAGAGGUUCCGACAUGUGUUUCUGAUCGUUGUAUUAAUAAAGAAAUAACUGCUUCUCCCAAGUUUAAGAUACAUGUUAGAGUGCAAGACCCUUCUGCUUCUGUUACGCUAACUCUCUUUGAUCGUGAAGCACGGAAGUUGGUUGGAAAGUCUGUUGUCGAUAUUCUUGAUGCCAAUCCUGAGUUUCGUUCUGAUCCGUUGAAGACUCCUGCUGAACUAGAUGUCUUGGUCAACCAGAAAAUUGCUUUUAAAAUAGAAGUGACCAAGUAUGUUUUGAAGUAUAACAUCCAAAAGUAUGGUAUCACCAAACUUACAGUGGAUCCUAAUGUUAUAUCUGUACUUGAACAGAAACAGUGUUUCCCACAGAUAACUGGUUCAGAAAAUUGUUCCAUGAAUCUUGGUAUUUCUGAUUUUCAGAGUCAGUCAGCCGAUGAAGUUAACGAUUGUCUUGCAACUGGAUCUGUAAACACAACUCCUGUUUCUAACAUGGACAGCACUGUCUCACCCGUUGUUUUGGCUGACAUGGACACUCCUACUACAAUUGCUAAUAAAGAUGAUGUCAAGCAUAACUUAGUAGAAGUCUAUGAUGUGGAAGAGCAUUGCUCGAUGUCAGCAACAAAGGUGCAUAAAUCAAGUGAAAUGGAACAUGUCAACAGUGAUGAGAAGAAGAAGUUGCUGAUUCCAAAGCUCGAGAAAUAAUUUAUUAUGCAUUACUUUCGUGGUUUCG